AUGGGGCGGCCACCGAGAGGGAGGGGGGAUGGGGCGCCGGGUGGCGAGCCUGGAGGGCGCGGGGGCGGCGGCAUGCCCGGGCACGCGGAGGUCGACUGCGAUUUGUGGGAGGAUCGAUGCGCACCCAGCGUGAAGUACUCAUUCUCCCAGCAGCAGACUAAGGGCCAGGACGUCGUCUUCGUGCAGGAGGGCCUGACGCGCCGCGAGGACGGCCCGACAUGGUCAGUCUACUGCGCAUGCGACGGGCACGCGGGCGUCGCCGCAGCGCGAUUCGUGCGGGACCGCCUGUGGGAGGCGCUGGGGCCGCUGCUGCCUACGCGGCGCAUGCCGCUGUACAAGACUGACGGUGAGCUGGUCCGCCCGGGGCAAGGGAACAGCGCCAUCGGCACGCAGACCCAUAGUACCAGAAGCCCCUGUGGCAUCAGGAGCACCAGUUGUACCAGGAGCUCUAAGCGACGCCAGUUGUACCGGGAGCACUUGUUGCUUCAGUUGUGCCAGUAG